GUGGUUCACAACGCCUUCAGUUCUUUAUUUGACUUGUGCAAAAAUGGCUGCUGCUGAGAAGAAAAGARUAGCCAUUAUUGGCUCUGGAAACUGGGGCUCAGUUAUAGCGCGAAUUGUUGGAGCCAACACGAAGGACCACAACGACGUCUUCCAUGAAGAAGUCAAGAUGUGGGUGUUUGAAGAGGAAGUUGACGGACAAAAACUCACUGAAAUCAUCAAUACACAACAUGAGAACGUCAAGUACUUGAAAGGAUUUAAGAUACCUGAAAAUGUUAUAGCUGUUGCAGAUGUUGCAGAGUGUACGAAGGAUGCAGACGUUCUAAUUUUUGUAGUCCCACAUCAGUUUAUCAGAAAAACCUGUGAGAUGAUGAAAGAACACAUGAAGCCUAAUGUGAUAGCAAUUUCUUUAAUUAAGUUCGGAAUCCCUUGUUUGUAUAUGAAAAUUGAUGCUCAUCAUGCUCAGAUCACAACAUGGAAGCAGCACAGACGAGAUAGUGUUAACAGAACAGCUGUCCUUAAAAGGCAAAGGAGCAUUAGGGGUUUAGAUCACACAAAGACAGGGCUCAACUUGGUAUCCAAUGUCAUUAAAGAUGCUCUUGAUCUUUCUGAAGUCAGCGUGUUAAUGGGUGCCAACCUUGCUGGAGAAGUAGCUAAAGAGCUGUUUGGUGAAGCCACUAUUGGUUGUCGUAAUAUGGAUCACGCCCAAGUUCUCAUAGACCUCUUUCAUACCCGGUACUUUAAAGUAAAGGUAGUGGAGGAUGCUGAUACUGUAGAACUCUGUGGUGCUCUCAAGAACGCUGUGGCCUUGGGUGCUGGUAUGGUUGAUGCCUUAGGAUAUGGAGACAACACCAAAGCUGCCAUUAUCAGAAUUGGCCUUAAGGAGAUGAUAGAUUUUGCGAAUCGUUUUUAUGAAGGAGUCAGAGUAGAGACAUUUUAUGAAUCUUGUGGUGUGGCAGAUCUUAUUACGACAUGCUAUGCUGGUAGAAAUCGCCGAGCUGGAGAAGAGUUUGUUAAAUCCAAGAAGUCAUUUGAUCAAGUGGAACAAGAAAUUCUUGGUGGCCAAAAAUUGCAAGGACCACACACAGCAUAUGAAGUCUACCAAGUCUUGAAAGAAAAUAAUCUAACAAAUGAUUAUCCUUUGUUCACAGCCAUUUACAAUGUGUGUUUUGAGGGACACACACCAUCGGAGAUGAUGGAGGUGUUAAUGACACACUUCUAGGUCAAUUUUUUGUUAGUAAAAGGACCAAGCUACACCAUUCAUAUUCCCAAAAGAAUUGUGUGAAAUUGAUAUCCUGAGAACCAACAUUAGGAAUGUAGAACAGGCUUGCACUAUCAUAUAAUGGCAGCACAGCCAUAUAUAAAUAUGCCAGAGGGGGAGAGAAAAGGAGGAACAUUUAUUUUAAGGUUACACAAGUAUUCUAUAUGCCUGGAUGUUGUUAUAAUGAUUAUUGUUUUAUGUUAUUUGCACAAUAUUAAUGUGACAGAGUCAAAAGACACUAUUUUGGACAGUAAUUAUUUAGUCAUAAAUCUAUAUUUUUAAUUAGGAAUGCCUCGUGUACACAUAGGAAUGUAAUUCUUUAGUUAACUGUUUGCGUGGAAAAUGCGUAAGCAAGAAAUAAUUUCCGUACGUAAUUACAUUACAGUGAGUCAUGCCUAGGUUUGGCGCUUGUUUACGUAAGUUCGUGUUUGGGACAUCCUGUUUGCGCCUAGGACGUGCAACAUUGCGUAGGAUGUGUAAGGUCUUAAGAAUGCAGGUUUUCCCAUAAAAGUAGGCCCAAACUAAGCUUAAAUCAGUGUAGUAAAAGUUCUUGAAGACGUUGCACAUAUCAAGACAAGGAAUUCUCUACGAUGUAAAGAGAUAUCCUGUAAUCUCGUUCCCGUUUUUUUCCCGUGUAUUGUAAAGUUGUGUGAAUUUUUCAAUAAAUUCUUUUGUCAAAACCA